AGGACCAAUGAAAUCGACGCAUUUUCAGUCCUCUACAAUUCCCGGCCCCUCCUCUUCCCCUCUUCUGGAUUCUCUAGCGUGACCGACGUUUCGUGUCUGUUAAGACUUAAAAAUGCGUUACGUGGCCGCUUACCUCCUGGCUGUGCUUGGUGGAAACACCAGCCCCUCUGCAAAGGACAUCAAGGCCAUCUUGGGCAGCGUAGGAAUUGAGGCCGAUGACGACCGUUUAAACAAAGUCAUUAGCGAGCUGAAUGGGAAAGACAUCAAUGAAGUCAUGAACUCAGGCCUCUCUAAGUUAACCUCCGUACCAGCUGGUGGUGCUGUGGCGGCUCCUGCUGCUGCUGCUGCUGCUACUGCUGCUGCUGUUGGGGCUGCGCCUGCUGCUGCGGAAGAGAAAAAGGAGGAGAAGAAAGAGGAAUCAGAAGAGUCAGAUGAAGACAUGGGCUUCGGGCUCUUUGAUUAAUCUGGAUUCUGCCUCUGAAAAGCAAUAAAAAUGGAAAAGGUUUACACUGAA